UGGGGGUCAGCAGCCAAUCGCUCCGGACCGACAGCGCCAUGUCAGUGAAGAGCUGCGGCGAGUCGCUGGAGCUGGAAGAGGAAAACAUAAAUAAUACGUAAAAACCUAGCUGCUCUGCAGCGUGUUUUUAUGACUGACAAACGGUGGCAAAGGAUGACUUACUCUGAAAAAUAAAGGUUGCAGCACAUUCAGGAAGAACUCCACCGCCAACAGCAAUGGCAGCCAAGUCGUCCCUAUUGAAAGUCAUCCUUUUGGGGGACGGCGGUGUGGGCAAGAGCUCCCUCAUGAACCGCUAUGUCACCAACAAGUUUGACGCGCACCUCUUCCACACAAUUGGUGUGGAGUUCCUCAACAAGGACCUUGAAGUUGAUGGCCAUUUGGUUACCAUGCAGAUCUGGGAUACGGCUGGCCAGGAGCGCUUCCGCAGCCUGCGGACACCCUUCUACCGCGGUUCUGACUGCUGCUUGCUUACCUUCAGUGUGGAUGACAGCCAGAGCUUCCUGAACCUGGCCAACUGGAAGAAAGAGUUCAUCUACUAUGCUGACGUCAAGGAACCCGAAAGCUUCCCUUUCGUGGUUCUGGGCAACAAGGUGGACGUAACGGAGCGCCAGGUAUCCACUGAGGAUGCCCAGCGCUGGUGCCGUGACAAUGGCAACCACCCGUAUUACGAGACAAGCGCCAAGGAUGCCACCAACGUGGCGGCAGCCUUCGAGGAAGCAGUGCGUCGUGUGCUGGCUGUGGAAGAGCGGGGAGAGCACCUCAUCCCAACAGACACGGUCAACCUGCAUAGGAAACCCCGCUCCAGCGCCACCUGCUGUUGAUCACAUAAGACGCACUUGUCGGGAAGGAACUGCUGCGUUGUUACCCGAGUUCACCACUUGUGUGCACGGGCUGGUGUGGUUGGGUGACAUUUCUCUACGCUGAUGAAGAAGUGGUUUGUUCGCUUCAGAAGAGGGCCAUGAAGUGUUUGACAGCUAUAAAAUACUGAUGAACUUGGGGUUCUGUUCUAGCAUUUGGUUAAAGAUAUUGACUAAUAAACCAUUCUGUAACUUCACGUAAUAAAGAAUCAUUGAGUGAUGUAAUGAUGUUAAACUGAAUUAUCAGACAAAUGUGACAUUUAAGGAGAUCUUAACACUUUAUCUAAUAGCAACUUUUUGUGAGUCUUCCAGAAAGUGAUACAAAAUAGCUAAAUGCAAUAACUGCAUUUUUAAAUGUUUAAUUGAUUGUCAGCUAAGUGUUCAAAGGGUGUCAAAGGUGCCAAAUUCAAAAAUUAACUUACACUGUCAUUUAU